GUUUGUUGUCACUGUCACAUGCUGAAGUCAAGCUCGAUCAGCUGACUGCAUUCCUUCCCCUUUUUAAUGGUUAGAUUUUCCUUCUCCAAUUGAACGUUUUCGGUGGGUGAAGAACAUUAUUUAUAUUAUUCAGACCUUUUGGCGUCAAUUGUUAACACCAACCUGAAGGUAGCGUAGUGAGAUCGCCCGCAAAAUAUCGCGGUUUGGGUGAUUGAGUGGAUCAUGAACGGACACGCUAUUCUCUACACCGGGGUCACUUUGGCCUUCUGGAGUACCAUUCUCAUCGUCGGUAAGAAAACGUUGUAUAUUUGCUAGCUAAUGUAAUGGGUUUAGUUAGCUAAUGAUUAUAGUAAAUAUAUACUUAUUUUAAUAAAGUCACUCGUUUUUAUUCAUUGAUUGUAAAUGUCUUUGCUUGACAGAUGCUGUGCUACUUGCUAACUAACGUAACGUUGUCCCGCUGCGCUACGUUAGCUAGUUUAGUUGGAUCUGCAGUGAUGUGCUAGCUAGUUGACAGCUGUCAUUAUGUUUCAGGAUCCCUAGUUAUUUAGCUUGCUAGCUUCCUUAAAUUGUAUAUUGUUAUUUACGUUUGUGGGAUUGUCGUCCAAAACCUUGUUUAGCCAUUUGUUUGUAAGAAUUCGACAAAAUGCUUACAGGAAGUAUCUAGCUAACUAGUUAAUGUUAGUUAGUUAGCUAGCUAGCAAGCAAGUAAGCUAACUAGCUAAUGUUAGCACAUCACUGUAGAGUUAAAGUUAGCAAAUUUUCGUCUGCAUAAUAUAAGGCUACCCCGCACUAACAGCAUAACGUUACCAUAGAAAACGUAUAUACCACAACAUAGCUAAAUAAAUCAAGCUAGCUUGGUUGCUACAUUCAGAAAAAUAGGAACCGAAGCACUUCUCAUGUGAGGGUGAGCUAUCACUCUUAUCCUCUGACACUUCAUAAUUUCUGACACAUUUUGGUUCUGUAACUCAGUGGCUUGGCUUUACAUGUACUGUACGGAACUGUUCUGUACUGCAACACACAUACAUAUACAUACAGUGUACACACACACGAACACACACAUACUCAUGAAGAUGUUUGCACUUUUAUUCUGCAUUUUUCAGGUAUCUGCUACACAAUCUUCGACCUUGGAUUCCGCUUCGAUGUGGCAUGGUUAGUAUGACAGUCUCUUGUCUUAGUUAGAACAGUAGGCUAUAUCACAGGCAUAAGAAUAUAGGGUCAUAUUCUGAGUCUGGUGGUGAUUACUAGUAGAAUUCCAGUCAGGUGGUAUUUCAUAAGUGUUGACCUAGACUAAAACCUGAAUGUUUGAUUUUCAUAGUAAAAUGGUACUCUCUCUCUCCCUCAGGUUCUUGACAGAAACGUCGCCUUUCAUGUGGGCGAACCUUGGGAUUGGCUUGGCCAUCUCGCUCUCUGUUGUCGGAGCAGCUUGGUGAGUAUUCUUAAUUUCCUGCUUUGAGUGUUGCUUCAGAAGAGAUUGUCCAAUAUGAAUUUGGAGUAGGGAAUUUCUGAAAUUAGAUUUGAAAAUUCAAAUAGCAACUAGUGUCUUGUCCCCAUCCUCUUCCCUAUUUCAUGCAGGCUAUAUUACUCCUCCUGGAUGGCAGGAGUAUCAUGUUAUUGUAUCACUGUUUUUAUGUUCUGCUUUAUGUAGGGUUGAUCUGAUUUUAUAUGAUUAAAUCGAAUAUCGUGAUUUGACAUUGAUGAUAUAUUGUGAUGUGCUAGACUAUACUCUAUUUGAACUUUACAGUUAGGCUGUGUCAAUAUGUUAAAUGAAGUCUAAAUUAAUUAACUAAACCUUAUUUUUUUUUCACCAAACUAAGAUUAUUUAAUGAGAAUACCACUAUAAUAUUGAAAAUAAACACAUUGCACAGUCUGGAAUUAUCUAGUCAUUAACGACGCAAAACGAUUAUAUCGGAUAUCACAAUAUUUGGAGUAACAUACUGUAGAAGUCGCUCUGGAUAAGAGCGUCUGCUAAAUGACUAAAAUGUAAAUGUAGAAGAGGUCCCCCAAAUAUCACUCAAUUCUAGUUUUAUGUUAAUUAAUUUUUAUUUUUAUUUAUUUAACUAGGCAAGUCAGUUAAGAACAAAUUCUUAUUUACAAUGACUGCCUACACCGGCCAAACCCGGACGACGCUGGGCCAAUUGUGCGCAGCCCUAUGGGUUUUGAUACAGCCUGGAAUCGAACCAGGGGGUCUGUAGUGACGCCUCAAGCACUGAGAUGCAGACUGCUGCGCCACUCGGGAGCCCGUUCAUAAUGAAUUGUGUCCUCCUUGUUUUACAGGGGCAUUUACAUCACAGGUUCCAGCAUCAUAGGAGGUGGUGUAAAAGCACCACGGAUUAAAACAAAGAAUUUGGUCAGGUAAGCUAUUAAGUGAAACUGUCAAUAUGGGCCAGUUUCUCAGACCCAGAUUAAGCCUACCCCUGGACUAAAAUCACCAUUAAAAAUGCUUUGUAGUCUAGGCUUAAUCUUUGUCUAGGAAACUAGCCUAAAAACGUAUUUGCGUGCUGUGUGUGUGUGUAUAUAUAUAUAUAUAUACACUACCAGUCAAAAGUUUGGACACACCUACUCAUGCAAGGGUUUUUAUUUAUUUUUACUAUUUUUUUACAUUGUAGAAUAAUAGUGAAGACAUCAGAACUAUGAAAGAACACAUAUGGAAUCAUGUAGUAACCAAAAAAGUGUUAAACAAAUCAAAAUAUAUUUUAUGUUUGAGAUUCUUCAAAUAGCCACCCUUUGCUUUGAUGACAGCUUUGCACACUCUUGGCAUUCUCUCAACCAGCUUCAUGAGGUAGUCACCUGGAAUGCAUUUCAAUUAACAAUUUGUGGAAUUUCUUUCCUUCUUAAUGCGUUUCAGCCAGUCAGUUGUGUUGUGACAAGGUAGGAGGGAGGGUUUACAGAAGAUAGACCUAUUUGGUAAAAGACCAAGUCCAUAUUAUGGCAAGAACAGCUCAAAUAAGCAAAGAGAAACGACAGUCCAUCAUUACUUUAAGACAUGAAGGUCAGUCAAUACAGAACAUUUCAAGAACUUUGGAAGUUUCUUCAAGUGCAGUUGCAAAAACCAUCAAGCGCUAUGAUGAAAAUGGCUCUCAUGAGGACCACCACAGGAAUGGAAGACCCAGAGUUACCUUUGCUGCAGAGGAUAAGUUCAUUAGAGUUACCAGCCUCAGAAAUUGCAGCCCAAAUGCUUCUCAGAGUUCAAGUCACAGACCCAUCUCAACAUCAACUGUUCAGAGGGGACUGUGUGAAUCAGGCCUUCAUGGUUGAAUUGCAGCAAAGAAACCACUACACCAAUAAGAAGAAGAGACCUGCUUCGGCCAAGAAACACAAGCAAUUGGCAUUAGACCGGUGGAAAUGUGUCCUUUGGUCUGGAGUCCAAAUUGGAGAUUUUUGGCAGUGUCUUUGUGAGACGCGGUGUGGGUAAACGGAUGAUCUCUGCAUGUGUGGUACUCACCGUAAAGCAUGGAGGAGGAGGUGUUAUGGUGUGGGGGUGCUUUGCUGGUGACACUCUCUACGAUUUAUUUACAAUUCAAGGCACACUUAACCAGCAUGGCUACCACAGCAUUCUGCAGCAAUACGCCAUCCUAUCUGGUUUGGGCUUAGUGGGACUAUCAUUUGUUUUUCAACAGGACAAUGACCCAACACACCUCCAGGCUAUGUAAGGGCAAUUUUACCAAGAAGGAGAGUGAUGGAGUGCUGCAUCAGAUGACCUGGCCUCCACAAUCCCCCGACCUCAACCCAAUAGAGAUGGUUUUGGGAUGAGUCGGACGGCAGAGUGAAGGAAAAGCAGCCAACAACUGCUAAGCAUAUGUGGGAACUCCUUCAAGAAUGUUGGAAAAGCAUUCCAGGUGAAGCUGGUUGAGAGAAUGCCAAGAGUGCGCAAAGCUGUCAUCAAGGCAAAGGGUGGCUAUUUGAAGAAUGUCAAAUAUAAAAUAUAUUUUGAUUUGUUUAACACUUGUUUUGGUUACUACAUGAUUCCAUAUGUUAUUUCAUUGUAUUUAUGUCUUCACUAUUAUUCUACAAUGUAGAAAAUAAUAUAAAUAAAGAAAAACACUAGAAUGAGUAGGUGUGUCCAAACUUUUGACUGUAAGUCAGCAGUCUUUCCCAUCAAUGUAUUACUGUGUUAAAUGCUAUUGUCUCAUCCUGCCCACAGCAUUAUCUUCUGUGAGGCCGUAGCUAUAUAUGGGAUCAUCAUGGCAAUCGUUAUAAGUAACAUGGCUGAGGUAAGCAUGAGAGGUGGCUUAUGAUAUGAUAAUCAUUUGUGUCCUUUUUAACAGUGGUGGAAAAAGUACCCGAUUGUCAUACUUGAGUAAAAGUAAAGACUCCUUUAAUAGAAAAAAAUGACCACUCCACAAAUUUCUUGUUAACAAACUAUAGUUUUGGCAAGUCGGUUAGGACAUCUACGGUACUUUGUGCAUGACACCAGUAAUUUUUCCAACAAUUGUUUACAGACAGAUUAUUUCACUUAUAAUUCACUGUAUCGCAAUUCCAGUGGGUCAGAAGUUUACAUAGACUAAGUUGACUGUGCCUUUUAAACAGCUUGGAAAAUUCCAGAAAAUGAUGUCAUGGCUUUAGAUGCUUCUGAUAGGCUAAUUGACAUAAUUUGAGUCAAUUGGAGGUGUACCUGUGGAUGUAUUUCAAGGCCUACCUUCAAACUCAGUGCCUCUUUGCUUGACAUCAUGGGAAAAUCUAAAGAAAUCAGCCAAGACCUCAGAAAAAAAAAUUGUAGACCUCCACAAGUCUGGUUCAUCCUUGGGAGCAAUUUCCAAAUGCCUGAAGUUACCACGUUCAUCUGUACAAACAAUAGUACGCAAGUAUAAACACCAUGGGACCACGCAGCCGUCAUACCGCUCAGGAAGGAGACGUGUUCUGUCUCCUAGAAAUUAAUGUAUUUUGGUGCGAAAGGUGCAAAUCGAUCUCAGAACAACACUAAAGGACCUUUUGAAGGAAACAGGUACAAAAGUAUCUAUAUCCACAGUAAAACAAGUCCUAUAUCGACAUAACCUGAAAGGCCGCUCAGCAAGGAAGAAGCCACUGCUCCAAAACCACCAUUAAAAAAAGCCAGACUACGGUUUGCAACUGCACAUGGGGACAAGAUUGUACUUUUUGGAGAAAUGUCCUCUGGUCUGAUGAAACAAAAAUAGAACUGUUUGGCCAUAAUGACCAUCGUUGUUUGGAGGAAAAAGGGGGGGCUUGCAAGCCGAAGAACACCAUCCCAACCGUGAAGCACAGGGGUGGCAGCAUCAUGCUGUGUGGGUGCUUUGCUGCAGGAGGUGACUGGGGCACUUCACAAAAUAAAUGGCAUCAUGAGGAAGGAAGAUUAUGUGGAUAUAUUGAAGCAACAUCUCAAGACAUCCGUCAGGAAGUUAAAGCUUGGUCGUAAAUGGGUCUUCCAAAUGGACAAUGACCCCAAGCAUACUUCCAAAGUUGUGGCAAAAUGGCUUAAAGACAACAAAGUCAAGGUAUUGGAGUGGCCAUCACAAAGCCCUGACCUGAAGCCUAUAGAAAAUAUGUGGGCAGAACUGAAAAUGCAUGUGUGAGCAAGGAGGCCUACAAAUCAGUUACACCAGCUCUGUCAGGAGGAAUGGGCCAAAAUUCACCCAACUUAUUGUGGGAAUCUUGUGGAAGGCUACCCAAAAUGGUCCUCUGUAGCUCAAUUGGUAGAGCAUGGUGCUUGUAACGCCAGGGUAGUGGGUUCGAUCCCCGGGACCACCCAUACGUAAAAAUGUAUGCACACAUGACUGUAAGUCGCUUUGGAUAAAAGCGUCUGCUAAAUGGCUUUAUUAUAUUAUUAUUAUUAUUAAACAAUUUAAAGGCAAUGCUACCAAAUACUAAUUGAGUGUAUGUAAACUUCUGACCCACUGGGAAUGUGAUGAAAUAAAUAAAAGCUGAAAUCAUUCUCUCUACUAUUAUUCUGAAAUGUCACAUUCUUAAAAUAAAGUGGUGAUCCUAACUGACCUAAGACAGGGAAUGUUUACUAGGAUUAAAUGUCAGGAAUUGUGAAAAAAUGAGUUUAAAUGAAUUUGGCUAAGGUGUAUGUAAACUUCCGACUUCAACUGUAGUAACCAAGAAAGUGAUAAACAAAUCCAAAUAUUUUAUAUUUGAGAUUCUUCAAAUAGCCACCCUUUGCCUUGAUGACAGCUUUGCACACUCUUGGCAUUCUUUCAACCAGCUUCACCUGGAAUGCUUUUCCAACAGUCUUGAAGGAAAAUAGUAUGAAAAAUGUAUGCACUCACUAAAACUGUAAGUCGCUCUGGAUAAGAGCGUCUGCUAAAUUACUUUUUUUUAAAAGAGUUCCUACAGAUGCUGAGCACUUGUCUGCUUUUCCUUCACUCUGCGGUCCGACUCAUCCCAAACCAUCUCAAUUUGUUUGAGGUCGGGGGAUUGUGGACGCCAGGUCAUUUGACUCAGCACUCCAUCACUUUCCUUCUUGGUAAAAUAGCCCUUACAGCCUGGAGGUGUGUUGGGUCAUUAUCCUGUUGAAAAACAAAUGAUAGUGCCACUAACUGCAAACCAGAUGGGAUUGCGUAUCGCUGCAGAAUGCUGUGGUAGUCAUGCUGGUUAAGUGUGCCUUGAACUCUAAAUAAAUCACAGACAGUCACCAGCAAAGCACCCCCACACCAUAACACCACCUCCUCCAUGCUUUACGGUAGGAACUAAACAUGCGUCUCACAAAGACACGGUGGUUGGAACCAAUAAUUUCCACCGGUCUAAUGUCCAUUGCUUGUGUUUCUUGGCCCAAGCAAGUCUCUUCUUAUUGUAUUGGUGUCCUUUAGUUGUGGUUUCUUUGCAGCAAUUUGACCAUGAAGGCCUUUCACACAGUCUCCUUUGAACAGUUGAUGUUGAGAUGUGUCUGUUACUUGAACUCUGUGAAGCAUUUAUUUGGGCUGCAGUUUCUGAGGCUGGUAACUCUAAUGAACUUAUCCUCUGCAGCAAAGGUAACUCUGGGUCUUCCAUUCCUGUGGUGGUCGUCAUGAGAGCCAGUUUGAUCAUAGCGCUUGAUGGUUUUUGCGACUGCACUUAAAGAAACGGUCAAAGUUCUUGGGAUUUUCUGUAUUGACUGACCAUGUCUUUUUUAAAGUAAUGAUGGACUGUCGUUUCUCUUUGCUUAUUUGAGCUCUUCUUGCCAUAAUAUGUAAAGUUCAGACUUCAACUGUAUGAAUAAUUAAAAAUUCCUUUAUAUUAAGCAUACGGGGCAAUUUUGUUUUUAAUUUAUGGAUAGCCAGGGGCACACUCCAACACUCAGACAUGAUUUACAAAUGAAGCAUUUGUGUUUAGUGAGUCCACCAGAUCAGCGGCAGUAGGGAUGACCAGGGUUUUUCUCUUGAUACGCGUGUGAAAUUGACUAUUUUCUGUCCUGCUAAGCAUUCAAAAUGUAACGAGUACUUUUGGGUGUCAGGGAAAAUGUAUGGAGUAAAAAGUACAUUAUAUUCUUUAGGAAUAUAGUGAAGUAAAAGUUGUCAAAAAUAGAAAUAGUAAAGUACAGAUGCCCCAAAAAACUACUUAAGUAGUACUUUAAAGUAUUUUUACUGAAGUACUUUCCACCCCUGCUUUUUAAUUAUUACUAGUGACUAUGUGAUAUAGUAUUAAGGCAGUUAUGUUCCAAAUGGCACCCUAUUCCCUAUAUAGUGUACUCCUUUUGGUCAAAAGUAGUGCACUAAAUAGGGAAUAGGGUACCAUUAGGGACUGAACCUGUGGCUACUAAUUGUAGCCUCAGGUAGGGCCAUCUUGGAGUAUAGCCUCGAAUCUCUCUUCAGGCUUACUGAUGUGCGAUACUGUAGUAGACAGCUCCAAUUUGAUUAGAGACAUCAUGAUAUUUCUUUACACCCCAUCUCUCCCUUUAUAGAGCUUUAGCGGCACUACACCAGAGACCAUUGGGGCAAGGAACUACCAAGCAGGUAAGAAAAUAAUUGCUGACACUGAGUGUUAAUUAGCCUGGUCCCAGAUCUGUUUGUGCUCUUGCCAACUCCAUUGCUCUCAUUGUCAAGCCAAACCAAUGUUUUGGCAUGACAAUGAGUGACAGAGUUGGCAUGAUGGCACAAACAGACUGGCACUCAGGCUAGGUGUUGAUUGGAAGUGGAACCCGUUCUUAAAUUCGAAUGAUAUAAAGGCAUUCACAACAUUAGACGUAAGGUAGGCAUAUUUCGCCAUUGGCUUCAAUAGCUCAAGUGAUAAAAUACAAUUUCAGGCUAUAAGGUAAAGACUGUGCUGAUUGUGUUCUUUCCUGACAGGCUACUCCAUGUUUGGCGCUGGUCUUACUGUGGGCUUCUCCAACCUCUUCUGUGGCAUCUGUGUUGGCAUCGUUGGGAGUGGAGCCGCCCUGGCUGAUGCCCAGAAUGGCAGCCUCUUUGUCAAAAUUCUUAUUGUGGAAAUCUUCGGCAGUGCUAUUGGGCUAUUUGGAGUGAUUGUAGCCAUCUUGCAGGUAACUGACAUUCUUUUGACACAGUUUUCAUCCCUUGAUUGGUUGAAUAGCAUAAUAAUUAUGUCAUUCUAUAGCUGAUUACAUCAACUGAAUAUAGGUUUGCUGCUUCUUGUUUUUCUUAUUACAUAAUCAAAUAUGUAUUUUCUCGUAGACGUCGAAAGUAAAAAUGGGUGACUAGAAGAUGUAUCCGCAAGAUAUAAGAUCAAGAUGACAAGAUCUAUGGAAGAUAUUACUGGAGAAGCAGAUGGAUUGUGUAAAUACAUAGUAAAUUAUUGAAAUGUCUUUUUGUCUGUGAUUGUUUUUAACCAUUUGCUGAAGUGACAUAUUUGCACCAUUUUGUCUUAAAGGAAUGCAACCGAAAGGUUAGAUUAAACUGCAGGUGUUUAAGACAAAAUCAUAUCCCUUUUGAAUAAAAUGUUAUGUUCAUAUUACAGUAGUUGCAGGAAAAAAGUAAUUCAUCUCUAGCAAACCUCUUGGCAUUCCCCACAUACUUUUACUGUUGUAUCAAAUCAAUUCUAUUACAACUAGUAGUAGUAG